ACCGACUUAAAGUCAAGUGUUUUGCAUUGGCUUGAUACGCCCUACUUACUAUAUAGUAUCGCUAUAAAUAUCUCCUCCUUCCCAGCUAGAUUCUUUCCUUCCGCUUUUCCUCCAUUCAAAGCGUGUUUUCCUCUCUUCCUGCCUCGUCUUUCCAUACAUCUACGAGAGAGGAAAAUUAUCGCAAAAAAGGAGGUUUGCGUCUCUUAAUACUAACCUAAUCAUCCCCUGAUUUACCCGUUCCUAUCGAUACGCCUUCAGUUAGUAGUGACAUUGAUUUUUUGAUAUGGCUGCUACCACAACUGAACCUACUCCAGCUCCUCGCUAUGCCCCAGAAGACCCUUCUCUUCCAAAACCUUGGAAAGGUUUAGUUGAUGGAACCACUGGAUAUCACUACUAUUGGAAUCCAGUAACUAAUGUUACCCAAUAUGAGAAGCCCUCAGCAGGGUCUAAGGGUUCAAGUCAGCAACAAAAAUCAUCUUCAGUAGCUGUAAGUUCUUCAGUUCAGGUCCAACAAUCUUCAAAACAAGAGAAUGGUUUUAUUGAUGAUGAUAGAUAUGGUAAAAGCAGCAAUGGUGGAUCAAAGCUCUCUUCUGGAACAAGAGGUUACGAGAGUACAAGAACUGGGUCUUAUGCCCCAAAUGGGACAGUUGCUGCUGGACCAGGUGGAAGUGGUUUAUCACCUGAUGCUUAUCGUAAGCGUCAUGAGAUAACUGUAACUGGAGCUGAUGUGCCUCCACCUUUUACAUCAUUUGAAGAUACUGGUUUUCCAUCUGAGUUACUUAGAGAGCUCCAGGAAGGAGCUAAAUGUCGUACGCUAUGCUGCCACCCUAUUCUCUUGAAAAGGGGUUGCAUUGCAUUGCAUAUAAUCUGGUGUAAUGUGGAGUACUCUUAUACGGUGGACCAAUCUUCUGAAAAGGGCUUUCCGAAUCAUCCAUGGUCGUGGAUGGUGGUGAUUCUGUUUGCCAGUUUGGUCCGACUGAAAGAAGAGGCCUCCUCCUUCUGGAAACUUCUGGAAUCUUAUUGGAUUCUUCCAGAUGCUAUGAAAUCAGAUAUCUUUAAGGAGGUUGCUGGUUCUUUGGUUUUAUUCCAGGUACUUGAGGCAGGGUUUACAUCCCCCACUCCAAUUCAAGCACAAUCAUGGCCUGUUGCUCUUCAAAGCCGUGAUAUAGUAGCAAUUGCAAAAACGGGGUCCGGGAAGACAUUGGGUUACUUGAUUCCGGGGUUUAUUCAUCUUAAAAGGGUCUACAAGAAUCGCCAAAUGGGCCCCACUGUUUUGGUUUUGUCACCUACAAGAGAGUUGGCUACCCAGAUUCAAGCUGAAGCAAUAAAGUUUGGGAAAUCAUCAAAGAUACUAUGCACGUGUUUGUACGGAGGAGCACCAAAGGGCCCACAACUACGGGAGUUGGAUCGUGGGACAGACAUUGUGGUUGCGACACCUGGCCGAUUGAAUGACAUUAUAGAAAUGAGAAGAAUAAACCUAAGUCAGGUUACUUACUUAGUCUUGGACGAAGCCGAUCGUAUGUUAGACAUGGGAUUUGAACCUCAAAUACGAAAAAUAGUCAACAUGGUCCCCACACGCCGUCAAACCCUCAUGUACACUGCCACCUGGCCAAAAGAGGUCCGCAAAAUCGCAGCAGAUUUAUUGGUCAACCCUAUCCAAGUCAACAUCGGAAAUGUAGAUGAACUCGUUGCCAACAAAGCUAUUACACAGCAUAUUGAGGUAUUGGCACCAAUGGAGAAACACAAACGAUUGGAGCAAAUACUUCGAUCACAAGAACCAAGGGCAAAAAUCAUCAUUUUUUGUUCAACAAAAAAGAUGUGCGACCAGCUGGCACGCACUUUGACCCGCCAGUUUUCUGCUGCUGCUAUUCAUGGAGACAAAUCUCAAGGCGAACGCGAUUAUGUUUUGAAUCAGUUUCGCUCCGGUAGGUCCCCUGUGCUCGUUGCCACCGAUGUUGCUGCUCGUGGAUUAGACAUCAAAGACAUCAGGGUAGUGAUUAACUAUGAUUUUCCCACGGGAGUUGAAGAUUAUGUGCAUAGGAUUGGAAGGACUGGGAGGGCGGGGGCCACUGGAGAGGCAUAUACGUUUUUUGGGGAUCAAGAUUCAAAGCAUGCUUCGGAACUUGUGAAAUUAUUGGAAGGCUCCAAUCAACGUGUCCCGGUGGAGAUUCGGAAUAUGGCGGCACGUGGCGGUGGAAAAGGCGCCAGGUUUAACCGCUGGGGUUCUGGUUCUAGUUUUGGUGGUGGUGGUGGCCGUGGUGGUGGCGGCGGUGGCUUUGGUGGGAGGAGCAGUUGGGGUGGUGGUGGUGGAGGCCGUGACAGCAACAACAGGAUUGGUGGUGGUGGAUAUAACAAUAAUAGUAGUAAUAAUCAUAAACGUUUUGAUGAAAGCAAUGUUGUUGGUGGUGGUGGUGGUGGUGGUAGGGCCCGCAGCAGGAGUCGUAGCCCUGAGAGGUUUGGUUUAGCACCAAAAAAUGGAUUCCGGCCUCGCUUUCGUGCUCCAGGUGCUGAUGAAGAGGAGGAAGGUAUGAUUCGAGAGUAAAGUAGUAAUGUGGACAACCAAACCUUUUUCCUUUUUUUUUUUUUCUAUUUUUUGUU